AUGCUCAAGAAAUUUGGUAUGGAGACUUCAUCAAGUUGCAAGACACCUAUGAGUACCACAACAAAAUUGAACAAAGAUGAAUCAGGUAAAUGCAUUGAUAUUACAAUGUAUAGAGGUAUGAUCGGCUCCCUUCUCUAUCUUACCGCUAUUAGACCCGAUAUUAUGUUUAGUGUGUGUUUAUGUGCUCGUUUUCAAUCUUGUCCCAAGGAAUCACAUUUGCAUGCCGUUAAGCGUAUUUUCAAGUAUUUGCAUGGCACUUUGAACCUAGGAAUUUGGUACCCUAGAAAUGUGGAUCCUAGGUUGCUUGGAUACUCCGAUGCCGACUAUGCGGGUUGUCUUUUAGACCGUAAAAGUACCUCCGGGACUAGCCAAUUUUUGGGUCAUAGUUUGAUCUCAUGGAGUAGCAAGAAACAAGUAUCCGUGGCUUUGUCAACCGCGGAAGCCGAAUAUGUAGCGGCUGGUUGUUGUUGUGCUCAAAUUCUUUGGAUUAAGCAACAACUUUUGGAUUAUGGUUUUACACUUAGUCAGAUUCCAUCAAAUGGAGACAUUGUAGUUGAAUUCAUCGAUACAACUAACCAAUUUGCAUAUAUUUUUACCAAGCCUCUUAAUGAAGAACGGUUGGCAUUGUGA